AUGUUUCAAGAACAUUCUCCAACCAAUUUUCCACCACUGUCGUCCAACCCUCCACCACCGUCGGAUGAUCACUCAUCUGACGGACAGAGGUAUCAAUAUGAUCUGGACCACAAUAAUCUAAAUCAGAACGAUGAGAAAAUUCCAUCUUCGGAAAGCGCCGUUAUGAUUGAAAUCCAAGAAGAACAUCCAAUGAUUGAAGAAAAUAAUACUCAUCAUCCGCUAAAUUCGUCGCAAGAUGUGUUGGAACUCAAUCACGCUCCAAAUAGACCCUUUGUUGAAGAACACAUACACUAUGCUCCAGAAAAUGUACAAGUGUUUUCGUUGAAUGAAGCGGUCAUUGAUGAACAAAAACAAGAUGAUUCCGCAAUGGAAGGAAAAACACAACUGGAUGAAAUGUUAGAAUUUCAAAAAGAAGCCGAGAAAGAGCUGACCACAAGUGAAAAGAUCAAGAAAUAUUUCAAAGAAGAAUUUGAUUUUAAAUCAAGGAAAUUAGUAUAUUUCUAUAUCAGCCAUUUCCUUGCCUCUUGGGGAGAUCGAAUGUGGGCAUUCGCAUUACCUGUAAUAUUUGGAGACAUGUUCACUGGUACUUUACUUCCAAUGGCUUUAUUUGGAUUUAUUCAUCGUUUGACUUGUGUUAUCUUUGGACCAAACAUGGGGUACAUUGUGGACACUAAACCUCGAUUUAAAGUCAUGACAUCAGCACUAAUCAUUCAAAACUCAUGUGUCGCAAUCACAACAGUCAUGAUAUUUUUAUUAGCAGUUUAUGGAUUAACAGACGAGCAGAAGAAAGAGACGCCCAAUCAAAACGACGAUGAAAACAAAGCACUCUUUGUAUGGCCAUUUAAGACAACACUCUCAAUAAUUUUAUUUAUUUCGUGUACCUUGAUUGGUGCUGUUUCUGAACUUGCAGCAAUGGUCACGAGUGUUGCAAGAACUAAGGAUUGGUGUGUCGUGAUUGCUCGUUCUGAAACUCUUUCUCUUGAAAAAAUUAACUCCAUGAUGAGACGAUUGGAUAUGGUUUCUCUCAUUGUGUCUCCAGUGUUUUUUGGUUUAAUUGUAACUUUUGCUGGAUACAAAGUUGGAGCAAUCAUUGUUUGUGCAUGGAAUGUCAUUUCCUUGCUUCCAGAAUAUUUCUGUAUUUACAAAGUGUACAAUGAAACAACAGAUCUUCACAUUUCCAAAUAUGAACAAGAACAAAAAUUCAAAGCAGAGAGAGAACGAGAGCUUGAAUCUGCUCAAAAUACAGAAGAAAUGGAACAGAUUGACUUGGAGCAGAAGAAAGAAGAGCCACCCACUGUGAAUUUAAAACAUCAAAAUAUUUUCAAGGUUCUCUAUAAAGGAUGGAAGUUAUACAUUCAACAAAAAGUCCUUCUUUCAAGCUUGGCAUUUGUAUUACUUUUCAUUACUGUGCUCACUCAUGGCGGCUUGCUUUUAUCAUAUUUGAAGAGUCACAAUAUCCACUCUGCUGUGUUGGGUGUAUUCCAAGCAUUGAGUGCCAUCUCAGGGUUAAGUUCCACGUUUUUAGGCCCAUUCCUCAUAAGAAGAUACAAAGUAUUCAAAGGAGGCUUGAUAUCCAUUUACUUGCAAUUUUGGUGUCUUGUCGUUGGAGUAGCGUUCUUCAUUGGAUUCCAUUUCUUUACUGAGAAACUUUCGUUUGCUGUAUAUUUGUUCCUUAUUUGUGUGGUGUUUAGUAGACUUGGGUUAUAUUCUUUUGAUUUAGCAGAAAUUCAAAUUAUGCAACAAUUAGUGGAUCAAGCAGAUUCAGGAAUUAUCAACGCGACUGAAGGCUCGCUUACUAAGGUGGCAGACUUGGUGGUCUUCAUAGCUGCAUUACUCUUCUCAACUCCAUCGAACUUUGUCAUUCUGGUUAUUGGUUCUUUGUGUUGUGUUGGAUCAGCAUGCCUUCUCUAUUCUCUUUGGUAUUUGAGGCACAAAAAACAUUUCCCACAAUGGCUACAAGAAAUUGAGGAUGAAGAAAGGAUGAGAUCCCAAAAGUAA